AUGAAAGACUGGAAACGAUCCCCAGAACCACCGGGGAUGAUGGGUCUCAAAGACACCACCUACAAGGUCCAAGGCAAUUGGGGUCAACCUGAAGAGCUUGACUUUGACCCUGCCUCUCCACUCCCUGGCACUUGUCCUACUGCUCUCCGCACCUCCUCCUCCUCCUCCUCCUCCUCCUUCUCCUCCUCCUCCUUCUCCUCCUCCUCCUUCUCCUCCUCCUCCUUCCGCAACCCGCACCCACCACCCAGCUCCAACAUGAGCCUAUACUCGAUGUGUCUCCGCGUCAUCCUCCGCAACAUCUCUUCCGUCCAAGAUCUGGGAGAAAUGCCAUACCGCAACGCCAAACCCAUCCUCGAAGAAUGUCGGGUCGAACAACUAGUCACACUCGAAGAAGCUUCUCCUCACCUCCUCGAACAUACUGAGGAAGUAUGGAAACGAAACUGCCUAAGAGACUUUAACGAGCUCCGCAAGAAAUACACCCCCUCGACACCUUGCAUUGCUCUCCCGAAAGAGCCAAAGAGCUGGAGAAGGCUGUACUUUCGCACGAAGGGGGAAACCGAACAGGCUAAGUUGGAAGCAGCGAAGAGGAUUAAGGACAAGUAUGUUCAGCAUCGAGCAGAGAAAGAAGCGAAGAAGCUGGUUGUGAGUGAUCGACCCCUGAUGGUGAAGAAUGCUAGAUCUGCCGGAAGACGGUUCGGUCUAAUGGCUGCCGGUGGUGGAGGAGGGGGAGGAGUGAGUAAAGGACAGAGUCUGAUGAACAAAGCAAGAUCGGGGAGUGUAGCACAAGCAAAGUUGACAGCUCCGAGAGGUGGGAGACCGACGUUUAAAGGGUUGGGAAGGAGUAAGAUGCUUGGUGCGGAGAUAGCACCAGAGGCAGCAGGGGCGGAAGUGAGGAGCGAGAUGGUAAGACCGAUGGUCGCUCCGAGGAGGAUUGAGGGUGGAGGGAGUGAAGGCCUUGCCAAGUUGAAGAAGUUUUCGAUGCCGAUGCCGGGUAGUGAUGGGUUGGAAGAGGAAGCUAAAGGGAAAACUUCAACUUCAGCGGCACGCAGUAAGAAGGAAGAGAGUAUGCAGAGGGUGGAUAGCGAUGCAGUAUCAGUGGCGACAGGGCUACCGAGACUGAAGCCGCAUGAGGUGGCAGCUGCUGCGCCUUUGACGCCUUCUUGCGCUUCUUGUCCAAGAUCUGGCUCAGUCUCAGUGAAGAGCAGGCCAACGUCCAGCGGUCAGCAAGCGGGAUCAUCCAUCCAAAAGGCACCACCAGCAUCCUCAUCACCGCCGCCAGACAUCGCAAGGGUAGAGCGACGCAAGCUCGACUUUUUUGGCAGCUCCAAACCUUGCUCCUCACCUUCAUCGGCAGCAACAGCGGUAGGAUGCAGCAGCAGCCCGCGUCCGAGCUCCCCACUCUCUUGCCGCUUGAAACGCACUCACAGCUCUAGCAGCACUCGAGCUCCACCCACAAAGCAAGUCGCUUCACCGCCAACUGCCAGCUCACCAACUGCAACCUCAUUUGCUCCAUUUGGCUCAGCUAGCGGCAAACCGGCAGUCAAAGUGAUACAAGCCAAACGAGUGCGAACACAGGAGAAGGCAGAGUCUCCCUCGUCGCCUCGGCCUAGCUCCCCACCACCACCGCCACCAGAGAAAGUUGCCAGUCCAAACACAAAACCCGCCCGUCCUGCUACAGCCCAAGUCAGGGGAAAUGGCAGCGCAAGACCAAUUUCGAUUAGACACCAAAGCAACUCGUUCCGCCCAGCAGCCGCAGGCGGAGGGCAGGAUAGUAGGAUGGUCAGGGCGUCACCAGCAGCUCUGUCAUCUAUCUUUGCACCUUCUAGACCUGCUAGUCGGGGCGCAGGUGGUGGGGGAUCUCGCUAG